GUGAGGCGAUGAUGGCGGCCCGUCCUCCUCGUCCCGGGGCGGCCGAGGGGGAGCCGGGGCCGCUGCUGCCGCUGCUGCUGGUGAUGAUGAUGGCGGUGAUGGUGGCGGCGGCGUCGUCGUCGUCGCUGCUGUCGUCGUCGUCGGCGGCGGGUUCCGGUUUGUCGGGUCCCGCGGCCGCCCCGGCCAAGGAGUGCGAGCGGCCCUGCGUCAACGGGGGACGCUGCAGGCCCGACACCGGCCAGUGCGCAUGCCCCGCCGGCUGGGCCGGGGACCACUGCCAGCACUGCGGGGGGCGCUUCAGGCUGACUGGAUCCUCCGGAUACGUCACAGACGGGCCCGGGAAUUACAAGUACAAAACCAAGUGCACGUGGCUCAUCGAAGGACAGCCCAACAGACUCCUGAGGCUCCGCUUCAAUCAUUUUGCUACGGAGUGUAGCUGGGACCACUUGUACGUUUACGACGGAGACUCCAUUUACGCCCCGCUCCUGGCGGCCUUUAGUGGCCUCAUCGUCCCCGAGAGGAACGGCAACCAGACGGUCCCAGAAGUGGUGGCCACCUCGGGCUACGUCCUGCUCCACUUCUUCAGCGACGCAGCCUACAAUCUGACGGGAUUCAACAUCACCUACAACUUGGACACGUGCCCCAGUGACUGCUCCGGGCGAGGAGAGUGCCAGCCGAGCAACAGCAGCGGCACGGUGGCGUGCCAGUGCUCGCCCAGCUGGACCGGCGAGGCCUGCGAUGUCCCCCGCUGCCCGGCCCAGUGCGGCGGCCCCUCGCGCGGCUUCUGCAACGCCAGCGAUGCCCGCGGUUGCUCCUGCUCACCCGGCUGGCAGGGUCCCAGCUGCUCCAUUCCAGUCCCUGCCAAUCAGUCGUUCUGGACCCGGGAGGAGUACUCCUGGCCUAAGCUCCCCAGGGCCUCUCACAAGGCCGUGGUCAACAACAACAUCAUGUGGGUCGUCGGAGGCUAUAUGUUCAACCACUCCGAUUUCACCAUGGUUCUGGCGUACGACCUGGACGCCAGGGAGUGGCUCCCCCUGAACGUCACCGGGAGCCCGGUGGUCAUCAGAUACGGCCAUUCGUUGGCACUGCACCAGGGCAAGAUCUACAUGUACGGCGGGAAGGUGGACGCGACGGGCAACGUGACCAACCAGCUGUGGGUGUUCCACAUCCGCAACGAGUCGUGGGUGCCGCUGAGCCCCAGGGCCAAGGAGCAGUACGCCGUGGUGGGGCACUCGGCCCACGUCGUCACCCGGGCGGACGGCGGCGCCGUCAUGCUCGUCGUCUUCGGCCACUGCCCGCUCUACGGGUAUAUAAGUCACGUCCAGGAGUACAAUCUCGAUACCAACACGUGGACGAUCUUAUCCACCAAGGGGGCCCUGGUGCAGGGGGGCUACGGCCACAGCAGCGUCUACGACACCAGGACCCGGUCCCUCUACGUGCACGGCGGGUACAAGGCUUUCAGCGCCAACAAGAACAGGCUGGCCGACGACUUGUACAAGUUCGACGUGGAAAAGCACAUGUGGACCAUUCUGAAGGACAGCAGAUUUUUCCGCUACUUGCACACGGCAGUGAUAAUCAGCGGGACCAUGUUGGUAUUUGGCGGGAACACCCACAACGACACGUCCAUGAGCCACGGGGCCAAGUGCUUCUCCUCCGACUUCAUGGCUUACGACAUCGCCUGCGACCGCUGGUCCGUGCUGCCCCGGCCUGACCUCCGUCAAGACGUCAACCGAUUUGGCCACUCGGCGGUCCAGCACGACAGCAACAUGUACGUGUUCGGCGGCUUCAACAGCCUGCUCCUGAGCGACGUCCUGGUGUUCACGUCGGCGCGGUGCGAGGGGGCCGGCAGCGCGGCCGCCUGCCGGGCCGCCGGGCCCGGGAUCCGUUGCAUGUGGAACGCCAGCCUGUCCCGCUGCCUGCCCUGGGAGCUGGCCACCCCGGAGCAGGAAGCCGAGGCCAGAGCCGACUGCCCCGCCGGGAGACCCCCCGACCAGGAGAAGUGCGACCAGCACACCGACUGCUACAGCUGCACGGCCAACACCAACGCCUGCCAGUGGUGCCACGACCGCUGCUCCUCAGCCGGCAGUAAUUGCUCCGAAGGCCAGGUGUCUAUCACCCAGUACGAGAACUGCCCCAAGGACAACCCGAUGUUUUACUGUAACAAGAAGACCAGCUGCAAGAGCUGCGCCACAGACCAGAACUGUCAGUGGGAGCCCCGGAACCAGGAGUGUAUCGCUCUUCCCGAGAAUAUCUGUGGCAUUGGCUGGCAUUUGGUUGGAAACUCGUGUUUGAAAAUUACUACCGCAAAGGACAGUUACGACAAUGCUAAAUUGUCCUGCAGGAAUCACAAUGCCUUACUGGCUUCACUCACGACCCCAAAGAAGGUGGAAUUUGUUCUUAAGCAACUGCGGGCGAUGCAGUCAGCUCAGUCCGGGUCCAAGGUCUCACUGACCCCGUGGGUGGGACUCCGGAAGAUCAAUGUGUCCUACUGGUGCUGGGAAGACAUGUCGCCCUUCACCAACACCCUCAUCCAGUGGCUGCCCUCGGAGCCGAGCGACGCCGGGUUUUGCGGCACCUUGGCCGAGCCCGGCGUCAGGGGCCUGAAGGCGGCCACCUGCAUCAACCCCUUGAACGGCAGCAUCUGCGAGAGGCCCUCCAACCACAGCGCCAAGCAGUGCCGGACCCCCUGCGCCCUGCGGACCCUGUGCGGAGAGUGCGCCAGCGGCAGCUCGGAGUGCAUGUGGUGCAGCAACAUGAGGCAGUGCGUCGACUCCAACGCCUACGUGGCCUCCUUCCCCUACGGCCAGUGCAUGGAGUGGUACACCAUGAGCAGCUGUCCGCCGGAAAACUGCUCGGGCUACUGCACCUGCGGCCACUGCCUGGAGCAGCCCGGCUGCGGCUGGUGCACGGACCCCAGCAACACCGGGAAGGGCAGGUGCGUCGAGGGAUCCUUCCAGGGCCCCGUGAGGCUGCCGGCCCAGGCCGCCCCCGCCAGCCGCCCCCCUCAGCCCCUCCUCAACGCCAGCACGUGCCCGGCGGAGAACAGAUACAACUGGUCCUUCGUCCAGUGUCCAGCCUGCCAGUGCAACGGGCACAGCAAGUGCGUCAACGAGAGCGUGUGCGAGCGGUGUGAAAACCUGACGACGGGCAAGCACUGCGAGAUGUGCGUGUCGGGCUUCCACGGCGAUCCCACCAACGGGGGCUCCUGUCAGCCCUGCAAGUGUAACGGCCACGCGUCCAUCUGCAACACCAACACGGGCAAGUGUUUCUGCACCACCAAGGGCAUCAAAGGGGACGAGUGCCAGCUGUGCGAGGUGGAAAAUCGCUACCAGGGAAACCCACUCAAAGGGACGUGCUACUACACCCUGCUCAUCGACUAUCAGUUCACCUUCAGCCUCUCCCAGGAGGACGACCGCUAUUUCACAGCCAUCAACUUCGUCGCCACCCCGGAAGAGCAAAACCGCGACCUGGACAUGUUCAUCAACGCCUCCAAAAACUUCAACCUGAACAUCACCUGGUCGACAAGCUUCGCAGCGGGGACCCAGGCCGGGGAGGAGAUGCCCGUCGUGGCCAAGGGCAACAUCAAGGAGUACAAAGACAGUUUCUCCAAUGAGAAGUUUGACUUCCGCAGCCACCCGAACAUCACGUUCUUCGUGUACGUCAGCAACUUCACCUGGCCCAUCAAAAUCCAGAUUGCGUUCUCUCAGCACAGCAACUUUAUGGACCUGGUACAGUUCUUUGUGACGUUUUUCAGCUGCUUCCUCUCCCUGCUGCUGGUGGCCGCCGUGGUGUGGAAGAUCAAACAGAGCUGCUGGGCGUCGCGCCGUAGAGAGCAACUCCUCCGCGAGAUGCAGCAGAUGGCCAGCCGCCCCUUCGCCUCCAUCAACGUCGCCCUGGAAACCGACGAGGAGCCGCCCGACCUCAUUGGGGGGAGCGUCAAGACGGUGCCCAAGCCGAUCGCCCUGGAGCCCUGCUUCGGCAACAAGGCGGCCGUCCUGUCGGUGUUCGUGCGGCUGCCACGGGGGCUCGGGGGCGUCCCCCCACCGGGACAGUCGGGUCUGGCGGUGGCCAGCGCGCUGGUGGACAUUUCUCAACAGAUGCCGAUCGCCUACAAGGAGAAGUCCGGAGCCGUCCGGAACCGGAAACAGCAGCCGCCCGCACAACCGGGGACCUGCAUCUGAUGCCCCCGAGCCUCAGGAACUGCCCAGGCAGGAUUUUCCCCGUGAGAGAGAGAGAGAGAGAGAAAUGGAGAGGGGGCGG